AAACACCCAUCACACCCCCCGGGGUAAAGAUUCCGGGGAUAACACAAGGAGAAUCUAGUCAAAUGAAGGGCACGAACACGAGAGCCGACGGCCGCGAGUCCACAGAAACGACUUUGAGCCUGGGAAAGCAAUCUAGAGUGCUGGAACAAGUGACGAUGCCGCCACCCCAGGCUGAGGAGCAGAUGAUGACCGUGACGAGGGGUGAAAUGCAAAGAAUGAUAGCGGAAGCGGUGGCAGCCCGACUCGAGCAGGCACAAGUCGAGAACCCCAGGCCCGAGCAGCCCAGGAUCGAGCAGCCUAGGAUCGAGCAGCGCAGGGUUGAGCCACUACCCCAUGAUCACGAGCAACAAGCCCAGUCCAAUGAUAGGCAAGUCAGAAGGGUGGAGGAGGAGGCGUCCUCCGUAAGGACUGCCAACCCGCAGGCAAGAGACGAAACACUGGAGCAGUUGUUGGCCCAGGUUCGUGAUUUACAGGCCCGAGUCGAAGGGAGGAAAAUUGGAGGCUCAAGGGGACACCCGUUCUCGCAGCACAUCUUGGAUGCCGACCUGCCACAAGGAUUUCGUGAUCUGAACAUAAGUUAUGACGGGUCGACCGAUCCAUCGCGUCACAUGAGGAGUUUCGAGAACAUGGCAGUUUUGCAUCGUUAUAAUGACCCCGUGCAAUGUCGAGCUUUCCUGACAACUUUGCGAGGUUCUGCUCAGGAUUGGUUCCAUCAGUUACCAGCAGGAGCUAUCAAGGAUUUCGAGGGAUUCAGCUCGAGUUUCCUCAAUCAAUUUGCUAGUGUCAGGCCACAAGAGAAGUCGUAUUUAACGUUGAUGGGCAUACAACAGAAAGAGGGCGAGUCGUUUGUGGUGGUCGAUGUCGAAUCAGCUUGUAAUGUGAUCCUUGGAAGACCAGCACUGAAUACUUUCCAAGCUGUGGUGUCAACUUACCAUAUGAAGUUGAAAUUUCCAGUCGGAGACCGGGUGGGAGAAGCUCGAGGAGAUCAAAAACUAUCCAGGGCGUGUUACCAGAUAGCGGUGAGAACGAACCAACGAACGGAGCCAAAAGAAGGAAAAAAGCUGGGAUCGAAUGAAAAAAGGCCGAGGGGAAAUGAUCUCGAACCACACGGAGAGCUGAUGGAAAUUCAGAUCGGAGAAGGGGAGGAUCAGACCACUAAGGUCGGGAAAGAAUUGGAGGACGAGUUGAGGGGGCAACUGGUUGAAAUAUUGAGGGAAUUUAGAGACAUCUUUGCUUUUUCUCCAGAGGAAUUAAUGGGAAUCGAUCCAGAAGUCAUGGGACAUAAGCUCAAUGUCGACCCCCUCAAAAAGCCCGUCAAGCAGCGACUCAGACACCAUGGGGCUGAGAUAGAUAAAGCAAUCGAGGUCGAGGUGGAUAAGUUGUUAAAGGCCAAGCACAUCAAAGAGAUCCAAUUCCCCGAAUGGAUAUCCAACACUGUAAUGGUGAAGAAAGCAUUGAGCAAAUGGCGUAUGUGUAUCGACUUUCGCGACCUAAAUUUGGCAUGUCCCAAAGACCACUACCCCCUGCCAAGGAUUGAUCAGCUAGUCGAUUCCACAGCUGGUUGCGAGUUUCUAAGCAUGAUGGAUGCAUCCCAGGGGUACCACCAAAUCCCGUUGGCCCCCGAAGACCAAAGCAAAGUUAGCUUUGUCAGAAGCAAAGGGACGUAUUGUUAUGUCGUUAUGCCCUUUGGGCUUAAAAAUGCAGGAGCAACAUACCAAAGGUUGAUGGAUCGAAUGUUCAGGUCGCAGAUCGGAUGCAAUAUGGAGGUGUAUGUGGACGAUAUCUUGGUGAAAAGUAGGUCCUCGACCUCACACGUAGAAGACCUGAAGGAAACUUUCAAGACGCUAAGGACUUAUGGGAUGAAGUUGAACCCAAACAAAUGCGCCUUCGGAGUGAGGGCAGGACGAUUCCUGGGUUAUAUCGUGACUGAGAAAGGCAUUGAGGUAAAUAAGGACAAGGUGCAAGCCAUACUCGACAUGGCCCCGCCAAAAAAUGUCAGAGAAGUACAGGUCCUAACGGGUCGAAUUGCAGGCCUGAGCCGGUUCAUAGCUCGAGCUGCGGAAAGGAGUUUCCCAUUUUUCAAGUUACUUAAGAAAAAAGCAUUUCAGUGGAAUGACGAGGCUCAAAUGGCAUUUGAAAAGUUGAAGGAAUUUUUAAGCGAGCUGCCGUUGUUGACAAAGCCAGAGCCAGGCGAUGAACUGGUUCUCUAUAUUUCGGUGGGAAUUUUUUCUCUAAGUUCUGUGUUACUGCGAGAAGUUGAAGGAGCCCAACAACCAAUUUACUAUACAAGUCGAGUACUUCAAGGCGCAGAGGCAAGAUAUUCCGAAGUCGAGAAGGCCGCCUUAACGUUGGUAGUCACAGCCAGAAAAUUGAGGCCAUAUUUCUUGAACCAUGUGAUAAUUGUACGGACGAACUUUCAGCUGGGAGAAACCUUGGGUCGACCCACUGUUUCGGGUCGACUCGUAAAGUGGGCA